CAACUUGCUACAGUCAGCAAAGAAGGGCAUGCCAAAGUUCGCACUGUCGUUUUCCGAGGAUGGAGCGAUCUGGACCUUUCGAGUUCUGAGGCCUUCAAGUUCAUCACCGAUUUGCGCUCUGAGAAGAUGUCACACGGCAAUAUCGUCGAGGUCUGCUGGUACUUGACAGAGACUCGAGAGCAGUUCAGGAUAGCAGGUAACCUUAUGUACAUCACCAAGGACGCCAAGGAGGAGAAGUUUGUGAAUGAGAGGAUUUCAACGUGGAAGACUGUCUCCGAAGCAUCUCAACGGUCCUACUUCUCGCCUGCCCCUGGACAAAUCGUCGAUCAGACACCUCUGGUGGAGCCGGCUGCUGGGGCCCUGGGUAACCAAUCUUUUCCUCCAGAUUCUUUCGUGGUCGGGCUAGUCGAUCCUUUCAAGAUAGACUACUUGCACCUCCGCAGCCCCCAGGUGAGAAAGAUUUGGACGAAGAAAGAGCAAGGAGAGUGGGAGGGGCAAAAUGUCAACCCUUAG